AUGGAUCCCAAUGAAAUGCCUGCUGUGCCCUGCGGCCCCCCUGACUCCACCACUGGACUUGAGACCGGAGCCCCAUGGGGGAUUGAACCUGGCCCCAGAAGAGCUAAACGUCGCAGAGCCCGCUGCCACAAACACGGCAUCACUGCCCAAGUCAAGGACCAGGAGCACUACUGCCUCUUCAAGGUCUGCGAGUGUCACAAGUGUGCCCUCUUCUCGGAACACUGCAGCAUCUUGCCUGCUGAGAGUACCUUGAAGUCGGAGCAGGGGCCACUCCGAAAGAGGCACCUGACUGAAGGACUGAUAAGGAGUGGGACCACCUCUCCCAAAGCUCACAGUCAUGUCAACAAGUUGGCCAUUCAAGCAGGAGUCCCCAGCAAGCUCCCAAGGAGCUCUGCUGAUCGGUCUGGCCUCGGAAUCUUUGUCUCUGUCCUGGACUCCAGCACCCUUGAAGAAGCAACUAACAAUUUCUCUUUCCAGGAAGACACACAGACCCCCUGCCCUGCCCAGCAGGCUCCCAAAGCUUCCGACCAGGUCUCGGUUUCUGCCUCCUCAGAGUGGCAGCGAAAACUGGAAGCGGCCGAGGCUCUGCUGGCUCUGAGAGAAUCUUCCCAGGCCCCUUCUGGCUCCAUCUCUGUGCUCCAGCCCUGA